AUGGCGGCUGCCGUGGACUUGGGCUUUUUGUCCAACCAUUUGAGCUUGCCGCAAGAGACGCUCGACACUGUUGCCUCAGACCCGACGCCAGAACUUGUCGCUGUAGUUCUCACAGCCGUCGCCGCCAAGGCGCGUGAAUACGACGAGCUUUAUUCGGAGAAACUCAAUGUUGACAUCGCAUUGGAAAAUGCGGUGCGAAGCUCAGAGUCGCGAUGCCAGACCUUCAAGACAACCGCAGACAAUGCACUCAAGGAGCUCGAGACUGUACGUCGAAAACUUCAGGACGAGGAGACCGCACGUCAAAACCUGGAGAACCAGCUCCAAGCCCUGAGAUCCGAAUCCACCACGUCUACUUCCCAAGCCGAAACCCUCCGUGCCCGCAUCGCGUCGCUCGAGGCAUCGAAACGAGAUACGAUGGCAAUCUUGGAUACAAAGAAUGCCGCUAAUCUCGAACUUGCCAACGAGCUUCAGAAGCAGCACCAGAAGGCUGUCGCGCUGAGCCAGGAACUAAACACGGCGCAACAAGAAGUCCAGGCCGCCAAGGCAGCCUCGAACACCGCAAAAUUUCGUGAACAGUCUGUUCGCCAAGAAUUGGACCUUUCGCAGAAACAAAAUGAAUGGCUGGACAAGGAGCUGAAGACCAAGAGUGCCGAAGCCCUCAAGUACCGCAAGGAGAAGGGUCAGCGCAUCUCUGAACUUCAACGACUCAAUGAUGAGGCCAAUGCUACAGUGGAUGCCCUUACCAAGAGCGAGCAACAACUCCGUUCCCGUCUUGAUGCCGCUCAAAGAAAAACUGAGGAGGCCUUAACGAAGCUUCAGCAACUGCAGGAAUCCUCAGCGCGAUCGGAAGCUGGUUAUCGGCAGGAGGUUGAGACUGCCAAACGGCUGGCUACAGUAUCUCAGGAGUACGCCGAUCAGUACAAGAAAGAGAUGACCCAACUCAGGGAGAUGCUCGACCAAGCCAAAGACCACCACGCGGAUGAGUUGCGAAAGGUCUUGCAGCAGCUUGAGCAGGCCAGACAAGAUUGCAAUGAGCUGGAGCAAAAGAUGCAUGAGUUACAAAGCCAGGUCGACCAGCUGCAAACAUCACACGGACGGGACACGAUGCCGGGCUCAGCACCUCAGACGCCGAUGCCCAAUGGCUCUCAGUUCCGCCCCGGAUCGCCUUUUGGAACGCCUGGAUCGAUCCGCGUCAAGUCACAUAUCAGCGCCAGCCAGGCUGUUGAGGAACUUUUCAAAGUCAAGGGAGAACUUGCUGGCGAGAAGCGACGGAAUCGUGAGCUCACCAAGGAAAUCGACGAUAUGAUCAGCACACUCGAAGCAAAGGAGCCGGAAAUACGCGAGUUACAAGAUGAGAACGACAUGUUGAAGAACGAGAACAUGCGUAUGAGUAGCCAGAUGGAUCAGAGCUUCAACGAAAGGGAUGCUGCCAAGAGAGCCGCCCGCAGGGCCGAAGGGGCUUCGGCCAGUGCACAGGCUGAAGUCAAACUCCUCCGGGCUCAGAUGAGGGACUUGAGCACCCAGAUUCAGGUGUUAAUCUUCAACAUGCAUGCCCGCGAAAAGGGUCUUGAUCAACUGACCGACGAAGAAGUGGAGCAUUUCUCUCGUCUACAGCGCGGCGAGGUGUCCGAAAACUCUUUGAACGACAUGUCCGACACGCACAUGUUGAUCACGGAGAAGUUCGUGGCAUUCAAGGACAUUGCGGAGCUCCAGGAGAAAAACGAGGAGUUGUUGCGCGUCACCCGUGAUCUCGCCUAUAAAUUCGAAAACGAGGAGGCCCUAGCAGCCCAGAGAAAUGCCGCUCAAGAUCAGCAGGAGAUUGAGAAACUACGGGACCUUGUGACCAAGCUGCAAGAAGAGUCACAAGCACUUACCACACGGAUGAAGAGCUAUAUGACGGAGAGGGACAUGUUCCGCCGUAUGCUGCAGCAAAAGGCUACCGCUGGUGAAAUCCAGUCAGUGCUUGGCAACUCUGUUGAUGGCAGAGAGGUGCUUGCCAGCAUCGAACAGAAUAACACGGAUGAUCAGGACCUCAACGCUGCGCUACGAGAGCUGCAGAAUAACUUUGAUGCCUACCGAAACGAGCAAAGUAUCGACCUGCAGACUGUCCGCGAGCAGGCCAAGCAAUUGGCCGAUGACAAGAGUGCUUUGCAGGCAGAGGUCGCCCGGGUUACAAGCCAGCUCAGUCUUCUGACAGAGCGGUAUGAGACCCUCCAAGGCACAAAUGCAGACCUCGAGGCACAAAAAGAGCAUCUCAAAAAGCGAGCUUCUGAUCUCUCGCAGCAAGUGGCAAAGACUGAAGGCCUGGCCCAAUCGAGGGCUGAGGAUCUAAUCGAGACAAAGGGGUUGCUUGAGAGUAUGCGUGCCGAGAAUUCGAACCUCAAAGCAGAAAAGUCACUUUGGAAGAGCAUUCAAGACCGCCUCAUAAAGGAUAACGAGGACUUGGGUGAAGAGAAAUCACGUUUGAGCAACCUUCUUGCCUCCCAGCAAUCUCUGCAGAACGAGCGCCAGCUUUCCGAGUCGGAGACCAAGAGGAGAAUGCAGUCACAAAUCGACACCUUGGAGACCGAGCUUAACACCACCAAACGCCGACUGGCUGACGAGGUGGAGGAGUCCAAGAAAUUACAACUUCGUAAGGAGUACGACACUCAGCAAGCGCAAAAGCGAAUCGAUGAUCUCAUGGCAGCCCUUAGCCAGAACAAAGAAGAAUCGAUUGCUCUCAAGACAAGUCGCGACCACCUCCAGGCACGCGUUGAUGAACUUACGAUUGAGGUGAGGAGCGCCGAGGAACGCGCACAGCGUCUGCAGCCACAGUUGACUUCACGGGCCAACCACACCAACGCCGGAGAAGACAAUGAAGACCAAGAAACUCGCAUCCAGGAGCUCACGGGUGAAGUGGUCGAUCUUCGACGAGAACUGGAGAUUGCCAACACUCGCCUGGAGAAUGCAAAGGCUGAGGCGGAGCACUUUAAGGAACUCGCCCAGACGAUGGAGGAAGACUUGCGUAGUCUUGAAAGCUCACAGGAGACGUACCGAGAAGAAUUGGAUUCGACCAUCGCGGCAAAGGAUGCCAAGAUCAAGGAGCUCGAGCAGCGUGUUGGCGAUCUUUCGGCAGAGCUGGCUACUUCAAACUCGGAGCUUUCGUCGUUGAGGGACUCUCAGGGCGAGAUCAGCCGGCGUUUCGAGGAUGAGAAGCGCAUUCUCGACUCCGAGAUCACCCGCCUUCGGGACCAAGAAAGCCGAUACAAGGAGACGGCCAAGCAUCACCAGGCCAAUCUCCGCGCUCAGGCCGAAAUUGCUACCAAGGCGCAGCAGGAUUACGAGCAAGAGCUACUCAAGCAUGCUGAAGCUGCCAAGCAACUGCAACAACUCCGUACCGAGCACAACAAGCUCAAGUCUACUGCUGCGACCUGGCGAUCCGAAGCCGAGUCCGCAAAGCUUACCCUGUCACAAAGCGAAAGCUCGUGGGAAGAACGCCGCAAGCAGUUGGAGCAGGAGCUGUCAGAGCUCAAGACCAGACGUGAUGAUGCGAAUGCGCAGAACAAACUCCUUCAUGACCAGCUUGCGAAUGUCACGACACAAAUCUCUGAUCUUCAGCAGAGCCGCUCCUUUGGAGACGAUUCCUCUGCAACUGCGCCCGUCUUUGCCGACACUGCAGUCGAAGGCCUGCGUGAGCUCAACAGCUACUUGCGCAAGGAGAAGGAAAUCCUCGAGUACCAGUACGAACUCAAGCUCCAGGAUAGCAAGAGACUGCAGCAACAAGUCAACUAUCUGCAAGCUCAACUUGAUGAGGCUCGUCUCAAAUUGGAGCAGGAGCGUCGCACUCAAGCUGAGUCGGGAACUAAUUCCAAGGCUUACACAGAGCUCAUGGACAAGGUGAACGAGAUGAACGUCAUUCGUGAGAGCAACGUCACUCUCCGCAAUGAAAUCAAGCAGCUGCAACGCCAGGUCGAGCAGAAGAGUACCCGAGUACAGCAGCUUGAGACCCAACUGCAUCCGCUGCAGGCACGCGUGGGUGAGCUCGAGAACCAGGAAGUUUAUCUUCAAGAGGAGAUAAAACAGCUGCAAGAAGACCGCGAUAGGUGGCAGAAACGAACCGAGUCGAUUCUUACAAAGUAUGGUCGCGUUGAUCCCGGCGAGCUUGAGCAGAUGAAGCAGUCUGUUGCCGACCUUGAGGCAGAGCGCGAUGCGUUGAAGCAGAACGAGGAUGGUAUCAAGGCGCAGUUGGAGGAAGCUCAGAAAACGCUGGAAUCUGAGCGCACCAAAUGGAAUGAGGCCAGAGGCAGGAUCAUCGAUCAAGCCAAGACAAAAGCCCGAGAACAAACAGGCGUGAUCCGUAACCUGAACGAGGAGCUGAACACUCUCAAGGAAAGUGUCAAGUCCUUGGAGGCCUCACUGGAGGUCGUAAGGAGUGAGAAGGCUGCUCUGGAGGAGCAAUUGGCAACUGCACAAGAGCAAGUGCAGCAGCAACAGCAGCAGAUGCAAGAGCCUGCCAGCGAGGCCAAUGCAGCCACAUCUGCACCGGAUGCGAUGGUUGUCGAUGAGGGCAGGACUGCCCAGAUCGAGCAGGAACUAGCAGCUCUUCGUCAAGAGCUGGAGGCCACGGUGUCACUCAAGGCAGAAGCUGAAUCGCAAGUAGAGAGCCUGCGCCUGCAGUUGGCCGCCGCAGUCGAGGAGCGCGAUCAAGCUGUCGCCCUCGCACAGGCUAAGCAACAACAGCAGCAGCAGAUACCCAGUGGCACUGAAUCAGGUGAACCAAACACAACUCAGGCCGGGGUCACUGGUCUCAGCGACGAGGAACGCCUGUCGCUACAGUCUAAGAUCGCCGAGGCUGAGGCCAGAGCGGCUGAUGCAGAGAAGAAGGCGGCCGAAAUCGAGGCGAACAUGGCGGCCACUCUCAAUCAGCGGUCGGACAAGAUGAAAGAAGCCCUGAAUAAGAAGCUCAGGGAAUCCAAGGAAAACAACGCCAAGGAACUCAGCGAAAAAACGGCGGCACUCCAGCAGCAGUACGACCUUAGACUUGAGCAAGAGCGUAAGAUUUGGCUAGCAGAGCACAGCUCAGCAGCGGCCGUGACUACGGAUCAGGGAGCAGUCCCCGCCACGCCGUCCAAGCAAGAAAAUGACCAGGCUUCUUCAACGCCAAUCGAUCCAUCCAAGGUCGACUUUAGCAAGCUCAGUGAUGAAGCCACACGCAAACUUUUGUCAGAAAAUGCCACCAUCAAGAGUAUACUGAGUAACAACAUUAAGAAGAAGGCUGAGCUAGAGGCCAAAAAGGCCGUCGAAGAGGCAGAGCAACGCAUGAAGGGAGACUUGGACACAAAGAUCGCUCAGGCUAGGGAGCAAGCUACCACACUGGCCGAGAAGAAAUCUACCCUGCGCAUCAACAUGCAAGAGAACAAGUUGAGAAUGGCUAAUGGCAAGCUUGCGGUAGUGGAGAAGGCAGUGAAGGAGACACCUCAGAAGCCGGUUGUUGAGGUGUGGGAAGAGGUGAAGCAGUACAAGCCUCCCACAGUAACAACAGCACAGCCACAAGCAGUUGGAACACCCGCUAAGGGCGGACAAACCCCGGUUGCCUCGGCUGCUUCUGCGAUCGGCCGUCCAGCUGGCCAGCAAGUGCCCUCGACUCCAGCUACUCCUGGAGCGCAGACAUCUGUUCAGACUGGAGCCCCGGCCGGGUCUUCUCUACCAGCCAAACCGCAGCCCGCAGUCCAGCCUCCGUCACUGCAGAAGCCUGCGGUCCUCAACCCGUUUGCGCAGAGUACGGGUUUGGCCAACGCGGCGCCGUCGAACAACCCUUUUGCGCAAGUGCCCUCGCAAAUCCCCCAACCCGGCCAAACGCAGCAGGUGGGCCAACCACAGUCGGGCCUGCCGCAACCGCGAACCGGGCUACCACAACCCGGUCGUGGACGAGGGAGGGGAGGGGCUAGUGGAAUUGCUCGCGGAGCAAGUAACAUUGGCAGAGGUGGCCGAGGCGGUGGUGCCGCACGUAGUGCUAGCGGACCUGUUGGGGGUGGCAUGAACCCGGCGGCGAAUGAUUUCCAGCCGGGUUCGGGCAUCAAGCGGCCACGACCCGAAUCCGAGGUGGGGGCUGGUGCACCUGGUGGUGGCAAGAGGAUGAGGGGCGGUGCAGGGGGUGGUGCGGCUGGAGGAGGCAACAACGCUACGGAAUAA